AUGGAGCCAUUUCUCACACCUUUGCACACCCUUCAAAUCUCGAAUUAUGCUGUUAGAAGACACAGAUGGAGUCUUAUUGCAAGGCUGAAGGUUGUGGUUAACUGCGCAGAGUCAGUCAACUACUGCUUGAUCCCGAGGUUCAAGUCGCCCGCCUCACCAGUUCCCAGAGCGGCAAUUUUGACCUCUCCUCGGCUCCGGGCUGCGUUGACUACUGUCCAGAUCGCAUAUAUCUGUGCUGCUUGUCCAGCCCGCGCCAAGCAGGUUGUAAAACAUUCUGUCCAUCGUGAUAGCAUUCAUUGCGCAUCAGGCGAAGCGCUAGGCGGUCCUUUGAGCAGCUUCAAAACGCCCCUAGUUUCAUCCUGUUCUUCGGCAACUGUGGUCAAUGGACAUUUUCAGGAUUUUGGCCACAAUGCAUUACCAUUACCGGCUUUCACGGCUUCGAUUCCUGAGCCAACCUGCUUCUCGGUGAUACCAUACCCCAUAUACCUGCCCAAGUGGGCAUGGCCACAGGGCAGUGCAACGCAGUAUGCGGGUUCAAAUCCAAGAUACGGGCCUCAGCUUCAGAUAUCAUGUGGCACACCCGCAAUCAUCAUCCAUCCGUAUGGAUAUUCCAUACUUACGGGAGCUAGCAGAUUGCCCAUCGCCCUGCGUGCAACCUGA